AGCCAUUUGCCCCAAGCAGCCCGCGGCGUUUCAGGAGUAUUCGCGCGCGCGUUUGCGCGCGGGCACCGUGGGAGUUCAUGGCCCGCGUCGGGGUCUCCGAAUUCUACAGCUCGUUGCAGGGCCCUCGUGACCGCCAACAGACUUGGCGCGAGACGAUUGCGAGGAUGAACUACUGGGACCACCCGUUCCAUCCUCUCAACGAGCGCCCGCCGGAGCCGUCCUACAAGGGCCUGAGCACCUCGUCGGGCGGGGACCUGCGGCAGCCCUGGGAGCUGCUCGCGCUCUCCCGCCGUCACGUUGGACCGCUAGACAUGCGCGAUACCUACCUCGGAGGGACCGGCACGCGGAUGAAGUGCUCGUCCUACCACGGCCGGGCUUCCGCGAGCAGCGGCGCGAGCAGCCACAGGCUGGGCACGCAGCGCGGCGGCCAGGACACGGCGGCCUUUGCAUCCUCGUUCAACGACCGCACACUGAAGGCGUCUGCCAGCUGCGGCGCGCUGCCGUGGCGCCAGAGGCUGGUGGGACAGUUGAAUCAGAAUGCGGGGGCCGAACGGUCAUUCACUGUCCUUGGGUGCGGGGCUGAAGCGGGCUGCACGGACUCGUCCUCCAACAUUUUUCUAUGUGGCAACACAGCGGCAACACAGUGGUUCCGCAGCCGAGCCGGCCCGCGGGGCGGGUCGCUGCUUCGAAGCGCUGGCGCGCGCAGACCGUGCGGCGCGCUGCUUGGGCGGAGUUGGAGCUGCGGCCGGCGCGGGUGGCGCGAGAGCGCCAGCCCGCCGGCGCCGGCGGCAAGGCAGUGCUAGCCCUCGGAGGCGUCCGCCGGACAGCAGCGGAGCCAGCGCGGGCUGCUCCUCACGGAUUGGCUUCGCACUCGCCGGCACUGCCGAGCCACCUUUGAACCCUCGGCGCGCGCGCAGGAGCUGGACGCGGCUUGCCAUGAGCCGCGCGCCGCUUGCUCCUGCUGAACUGCGGCGGCUGCAACACGCAAGCUGUUUCCUUGAUUUCUGGGACUUCCUGGCUCUGUCUGGCUGUUUAGUUGGGCUUCCAAGGGGCCAGCGCUCCUUGGGACCCUUGGACUUCUGACGUGCGUC